AUGGAUAUGCGGAAUAACUUGUUUGGGCAGGGCCCACGAGGAGGCAGCGGCCUCCCUGGCCGGCAGGUACAACGACCUUCUGGCGGCGGCGCACCUCCCCCAGGCCGAUAUGACAGCCCGCAGGGCGGAUAUGGUGGCUCCCAGGGAUACGGACAGCAGCAGGCUGGCGGCAACUACGGACCCCCGGCAACACAACAACCAAGACAGCCUUCCGGUUACGGAAACCCGCCCCCAGCCGAUAACUACGGUGCCCCGUCGGGACGCCGGGUGCGUCUGCGGCUUGCCAAGGUGGAGGACAAGACACUGCAGAUGAACUACAUCUUUACAAAUAUCUGUGCCGUUUCUCCCAGCGACUUUCCAAGCUCUCGCGAUGGCGACCACUACAUCCGUCUUACCGGCCCCCAGCUGCGCGGCGACUACGUUGUCAUGGCCCGCCCCACACCAGGCUUCCCACCCGGAUGCAUCAGCCUUUCGGAUCCGCAACGCACAUGGCUGCAGGUCGGCCUGAUGGACGAGCUCGAGGGUGAACUGUAUGAUCCACUUGGGGGCGGCACACCGUACCUUGGCGCCAUUGACGUCGAGGUCGGCUUCGCCUCAAAGGCCAAGUUCACUGAGGAGGCAUACGAUCAGGAUGAGCUGCAGCGCAUGAUGGUAUCGACCUUUGCUAACCAGAUGUUUGCUCCCGGGCAGCGGAUCCUGAUGGACGUCAGGAGCAUACCGCUGGCUAUCCAAAUCAAGACGGUCACACUCGUAGACUUGAGCAUGUCGGAGAAGCCGGCCGGCGAUGGGGCUAUGACGAGCUCGGAUCCGAACAAACGGGGUGUCUUGACCAACCAGACUGGUGUGACCUUCUUCAAGGAUCCGAAGACGAGCAUCAAACUCAAGGCAUCGAGCCGCAAGGCUGCUUCGAACGCCAUCGUUUCGCCAGACUUCAAGUUUGAGGACAUGGGUAUUGGUGGUCUUGACAACGAGUUUGCAACUAUUUUCCGCCGUGCCUUUGCCUCGCGCAUCUUCCCGCCAGAGCUCAUCGAAAAGCUAGGAAUCCAGCACGUCAAAGGUAUCCUCUUGUUCGGCCCUCCCGGUACAGGAAAAACCCUGAUUGCCAGGCAGAUCGGCAAGAUGCUCAAUGCCAGGGAGCCCAAGAUCAUCAACGGACCCGAGGUGCUGAACAAGUACGUGGGUCAGUCAGAAGAGAACAUCCGCAAGAUGUUUGCGGAUGCGGAGAAGGAGUACGCGGAGAAGGGUGAUGAAAGUGGGUUGCAUAUCAUCAUCUUCGACGAGCUGGACGCUGUUUGCAAGCAGCGUGGGUCAGGUUCCGGAGGCGGCACGGGUGUCGGCGACAGUGUCGUCAACCAGCUGCUCUCCAAGCUGGAUGGUGUCAACCAGCUUAACAAUAUCCUGCUCAUCGGUAUGACCAACCGCAAGGAUAUGAUUGAUGAUGCACUGCUACGUCCCGGACGUUUGGAAGUGCAGGUUGAAAUAAGCCUGCCAGACGAGCCCGGCCGUGAGAAGAUUUUGCAGAUUCAUACAACCAAGAUGGUGAAGAACAACGUCAUCGAAUCCGAUGUAGACCUGCGAGAGCUGGCGGCCAUGACCAAGAACUUCUCGGGCGCCGAGAUCAGCGGUCUGGUAAAGGCGGCCACAUCUUUCGCCUUCAACCGCCACACCAAGGUCGGGACCAUGGCAGGUGUGUCUGACAAUGUGGCGGAGAUGAAGGUUAACCGCGAUGACUUCUUGCACGCGCUGGGUGAGGUCAAGCCGGCGUUUGGCAUGGACGAGGACAAGCUCGGCGCGGUUAUUCGACACGGCAUCAUCCACUUCUCGCCUGCCAUCGACAGCAUCUUGCGCGACGGCAUGAUAAACGUCGACGCUGUCCGCGACCUCGAGCAACUGAAUCUCUUGUCUGUGCUGCUCCACGGCCCUGAAGGCAGCGGCAAGACUGCCAUGGCCGCCCACAUCGCCAUCCAGUCCGGUUUUCCGUUCGUCAAAACGAUCACGGCAGAGAUGCUUGUUGGGUGCCGCGACGAGGUCGGCAAGAAGGACAUGAUCCACAAGGUGUUCACUGACGCUUACAAGUCGCCGCUGAGCUUGCUCAUCCUGGAUGACAUUGAAGAGAUGAUUGAGUGGAACCCUAUUGGGCCUAGGAUGAGCAACAUGAUGGUUCAAGUUCUGAGGACGCUUAUGAAGGCGUUACCUCCGAAGGGUCACCGCCUGCUCAUUUUGGCCACAACCUCUGUUCGUUCGGUAUUGCAGCAGCUUGACAUGAUGAAGGCGUUCAACGCCGAGAUCGCGAUCCCGGCCAUCAAGAACCUUCAGGAGCUGUCCCGGGUAUUGGGAGAGUCUGGCAUGUUCGAAUCGCAGGACCUGAACGUGAUCGUUAACACGAUUGGCAACAUCACGGGGACGGACAAGGUCAACGUGGGCGUCAAGACGGUGCUGACUCUGGCAUCGACGGCACGCAAGGCGCCUGAUCCUGUCGACUGGUUUUCGGAGGAAGUGGCAAAGGCAAUCAACAACAACAUGCCGCAAUAUUGA